GAAGCGAAGCAACUCCACAGACCACAGCCGCAGGGCUCCCACUGCAGCUCCGAGGGGAAACCUCACACAGAAACCUACACUGGAGGAAAAACUGCUACCUCACAGACAGAAGACAAGACAAAAGGAGAAGAAACACCUAUCAGAGUGGACGGAGAGAAGAGUCAGACCUUUUUAUUGGAAGAAAAUAACUUUCAGGGCACACCACUUUCCCCACGUUCUACUUUCGGAAUCCGUUUAAUAAUUUAACUUCUGCCUCAUUUUGUUGAGGUCUGCGUGGAACACAUUUUUGCUUUCCCAAUAGUUUGACCAACAGGUCUGUAUUUUAAUUUCCCAUCAGUACUUAUUUAUCUUAUACUGAUGGGAAGAGUUUUCUUACUGACCUGAGUGAUAUAGUUGAGUUAACAGGUACUCAGGUGUAAAAGCGUGGAAGAGAAUACACAUAAGCUAUACUACAAGCUUUCAUACUUUUUUCUCUACAAGGAUCCCCUCAAAGGACCUGAGGAUGUCGCAUCACAGAAACAACUGAAGCAGAUUCUUCUUGCAUUUAGGAUCGCUCCCCAAGCUACAGCAAUAUCUACUGAAAGGACACUGUGGGGACACUUUCAAGCUCAAACCUUCUUCUUUUUAAGGUUUAUCGGAGGAAAAGGUGGUUCUCUGGUGAAGCCUCUUUGCCCCGUCCGCCCCCUUUUCCACCUCAGCCUCGGGAUGGCUGGGUGCACCAGCCGCUGCAGGCAGGGGGUGCUCAAACUGAUCCAGUCCCUGCAGAGACUCGUCUCAGGAGGCCUCACCAAAGAUAGAACAGAUGAUGAGCUGGAGAUGACGACGGUGUGUUACCGGCCGGAGGGUCUUUCCCAGUUGGAGGCGCAGACCAACUUCAGCAAACAGGAGCUGCAGAUCCUCUAUCGUGGCUUCAAGAAUGAGUGUCCAAGUGGGGUUGUCGAUGAGGAAACAUUCAAACACAUUUACGCACAGUUCUUCCCUCAUGGAGAUGCAAGCAUGUACGCACAUUAUCUCUUCAAUGCUUUCGACACUACAAACAAUGGCUCCAUUAAGUUCAAGGACUUUGUAAUGGGUUUGUCUAUACUGCUGCGGGGAACGCUGAGAGAAAAGCUCGAGUGGACGUUUCAUCUUUAUGACAUUAACAAAGACGGAUACAUAAACAGAGAGGAAAUGACGGAGAUUGUGAGGGCAAUUUAUGACAUGAUGGGGAAGUUCACCUACCCUGCAAUAAAGGGAGACGUCCCGCAGCAGCAUGUGGACGCCUUUUUCCGGAAAAUGGAUAAAAACAAAGAUGGAGUAGUGACUCUAGAGGAGUUUAUUAUAGCCUGCCAGGAGGAUGAAACCAUGAUGAGCUCCAUGCAGUUGUUUGAGAACGUGAUGUAGAACAAGUCGAGCUGAUGAAGACACAAAUGAAAUGCGAGGGAUUGGUGUGUGUGUGUGUGUGUGUGUGUGUGUGUGUGUGUGUGUGUGUGUGUGUGUGUGUGUGUGUGUGUGUGUGUGUGUGUGUGUGUGUGUGUGUGUGUGUGUGUGUGUGUGUGUGUGUGUGUGUGUGAAUGCAUAUGUGCAAUACAUCCAGUUUCUCCUCCUCCUCCUCUGGAUACAGUCAGACCUCCCCCCACAAUCAAUCAAUCAAUGUUUAUUUAUAUAGCCCAAUAUCACAAAUGUUACAUUUGUCUCAGUGGACUUCAAAGUUUGUACAAAAUAUCAGUAUGACAAUACGACACCCUCUGUCCUUAGACCCUCACAUCGUACAAGGAAAAACUUCCGGAGAAAACCCACAGUUUAAAGGGAAAAAUGGGAGAAACCUCAGGGAGAGCAACAGAGGAGGGAUCCCUCUCCCAGGACGGAAAGACGUGCAAUAGAUGCCGUGUGUAAAUUGAAAAGAUAAUACAUUUACAACAUAGGUAGUCCAAAUGUUUGGAAAUGCAUGUGUGUAUAAUAGGAAGAUGAAUCCACGAGGAUAUCCAUCCACAACAACUUGAAAGAAAGGACUGGACUGGAAUGCUUUUCGCCUUCCUACUGAGUGUCCCCACACAAUACAAAGAGACUGAUGCGACAGACAUUGCUCUCAGUGCUUGUCGUGAAGAUUGUCCUGUUACCUGAUAAAGAUGCUCCUGCAUUACAAGGCUGCUCCCGACCAGCAAUGAGCUUUUGUUUAACCAGCACAACUUUGUUUGCCAAAAAAGAGGAUAUUUUUUUGCCAAAAAUAUUAUUGCAUGCUUUUGCAAGAGGUUUAGAUUUUUCACCCAACAAUUGUCCGAUUUAUUACGGGAAUUUGGCCAUAAAGACUUCCACAUGUAUCGAAUGCAUCGCUGUGACUGCUGUUCCUUUGUGUCGACCUGGCUGCUGAGUCUGUCUGAUGCUCGCUGUUAAGUCUCUCUAAAGUCAAUUUGAGUCUGAUAUGUUGCGUGCCUGUCUUCCUGUCCAUGAUGGACCUUAGGUAUUAGUGGAAAAAAAAGAAAUCGAAUCAUUCUUUUAUAUUUUCACCUGCUGCUUUGCUUACUGUGGUCAAAUCAGUGUUGUCAAAAAAUGUUUUGAAAAAAAGUAUUGUGAAUGAUGUGCAUAAUUGGGUAUUUUCAUCAGAAAGAGGCUUUAUGAUCAUCAAACCAAUCGGUUUUAUUUGCACAGGUGACCGGUUCAACAUGAUGCAGUCAAUUAUGGUAAAGAAAGUAUGAGUUUGCUGUUAGCUAUGUUAUUAUACAUGAAAUUAUAUACCUAUUAGCGAAAAAACUCAUUUUAUGUGUACACAUACUCGGCCAAUAAAGCUGAGAUUUAAGUAUAUAAUCCAUCCUAAUAAAAUCCUGGUAUGAAACAAAUCUGAUAAUCUUGCAGGGAAAUAAUAUUGAAUGUCAGCUUUUUGGAAUGUGAUGUUCUGAUGACACCUACUGUAGGACGGCUCUAUCUAGUGAACAUGUGGCACUGCCUCCUCCACCCGAACCCCCCUGUGAUGUCACGCUGACGGAUACAGACAGACUUCAGGUGUCAGUGAGCUGUUCUCUGUACGGUGCAUCAGUGUGACAUCACAGCCUCUGGUGUCUGAUAUCUCUGCGUGGAACGGUUAUUAAAUCUCACCAACAGAAACAUAUUUAAGCCAUACAAAUAAACAGGUCCAUUCUUAAA